AUGACCAAAGCCCUUUCCACACACCUGAGCUCAUCUGAUUCUUACACGGUCCUCAUGGAGACGGUGCUCGCCACUUCACAGAUGCAGGAACUCGGGCACCUGGAAGCAGCAGUGUCUUUCUUUGGUGUGUCAGCGCGAGAGAGUCAUAAUUCUGCUGUACCUAGUUUUAGCCCUGACGCCUAUCCCUGGGACCAGCGGUGCAAGGUCUGCCCCAUCUGGGCAACCACCGGGGUCUGCUGUGUUUGCAGAAGAGCUCUUUGUCAAGGGCGUGUGGUGAGAGUCCCUACGGGGACCCUAGUUCGUGUGGUGGGCACCGAGCUGGUCAUCCCCUGCAACGUCAGUGACUAUGAUGGCCCCAGUGAGCAAAACUUUGACUGGAGCUUCUCAGCUUCAGGGAGCCACUUCGUGGAGCUUGCAAGCACCUGGGAGGUGGGCUUCCCAGCCCAGCUAUACCGUGAGCGGCUGCAGAGGGGUGAGAUCCUUCUCCGACGAACUGCCAAUGACGCCGUGGAGCUUCACAUAAAGAAUGUCCAGCCCGCAGACCAAGGCCACUACAAAUGUUCAACCCCCAGCACAGAUGCCACCGUCCAGGGAAACUAUGAAGACACAGUACAGGUUAAAGUGCUGGCUGACGCCCUGCACGUGGGCCCCAAUGUGCGGCCAGCGCCCAGCCUGAGCCUCCGCCAGGGGGAGCCCUUCGAGCUGCGCUGCACCGCCUCCACCACCUCACCACUCCACACACACCUGGCACUGCUGUGGGAGGUGCACCGUGGUCCAGCCCGGCGGAGUGUGCUGGGCCUGAACCACGAGGGCCGGUUCCGCCCAGGCCCGGGCUAUGAGCAGCGUUACCACAGCGGAGACGUGCGCCUGGACACGGUGGGCAGCGAUGCCUACCGGCUCUCAGUGUCCCGAUCUCUGUCCGCCGACCAGGGCUCCUACAGGUGUAUCGUCAGUGAGUGGAUUGCCGAGCAGGGUGGUGACUGGCAAGAAAUCCAAGAGAAGGCUGUGGAAGUCGCCACUGUGGUGAUCCAGCCAACAGUUCUCCACGUAGCCGUGGCCGGGAAUGUGUCCGUGGUGGAAGGGAAGGAACUGGACUUGUCCUGCAAUAUCACAACAGACCGAGCGGACGACUUGCGGCCCGAAGUGACCUGGUACUUCAGCAGGACACCUGACAGCACCUUGCCUGGUGCCCACGUGCUAGCACAACUGGACCGUGACUCCCUGGUGCAUAGCUCCCCACGCAUCGCUUUGAGUCAUGUGGAUGCACGCUCCUACCAUUUACUGGUUCGAGACGUUAGCAAAGAAAAUGCUGGCUACUAUUUCUGCCACGUGGCUCUCUGGGCCCCCGGACACAACAGGAGCUGGCACAAAGUGGCAGAGGCCAGAUCUGCCGUAGCCAAUGUGGGUGUGACCUGGCUAGAACCAGACUAUCAGGUGUACCUGAAUGCCUCUAAGGUCCCUGGGUUUGCCGAUGACCCCACAGAACUGGAAUGCCGGGUAGUGGACACGAAGAGUGGGGAGGCGAGUGUCCGCUUUACGGUCUCGUGGUACUACAGAAUGAACCGGCGCAGUGACGAUGUGGUGACCAGCGAGCUGCUUGCAGUCAUGGAUGGGGACUGGACACUGAAAUAUGGAGAGAGGAGCAAGAAACGGGCCCAGGAUGGAGAGUUUAUUUUCUCUAAGGAGCAUACAGACACGUUUAAUUUCCGGAUCCAAAGGACUACAGAGGACGACAGAGGCAGUUACUACUGUGUGGUGUCUGCCUGGACCAAACAGCGGAACAACAGCUGGGUGAAGAGCAAAGACGUCUUCUCCAAACCUGCCAACAUAUUUUGGGCAUCAGAGGAUUCCGUGCUCGUGGUGAAGGCAAGGCAGCCAAAGCCCUUUUUUGCUGCAGGAAACACGUUUGAGAUGACAUGCAAAGUGUCUUCCAAGAAUAUAAAGUCGCCACGCUACUCCGUUCUCAUCACAGCUGAAAAGCCUGUCGGGGACCUCUCCAGUCCCAACGAAACCAAGUACAUCAUCUCCCUGGACCAGGAUUCUGUGGUGAAGCUGGAGAACUGGACAGAUGCUUCGCGGGUGGAUGGCGUUGUGUUAGAGAAAGUGCAGGAGGAUGAAUUUCGCUAUCGAAUGUACCAGACUCAGGUCUCAGAUGCAGGGCUCUACCGCUGCAUGGUAACAGCCUGGUCUCCUGUCGGGGGCAGCCUGUGGCGAGAAGCAGCAACCAGUCUCUCCAAUCCCAUUGAGAUAGACUUCCAAACCUCAGGUCCCAUAUUUAAUGCCUCUGUGCAUUCGGACACACCGUCAGUCAUCCGGGGAGAUCUGAUCAAAUUGUUCUGUAUCAUUACUGUUGAAGGAGCAGUGCUGGACCCAGAUGACAUGGCUUUUGAUGUGUCCUGGUUUGCGGUGCACUCCUUUGGCCUGGACAAGGAUCCUGUCCUCCUAUCUUCCCUGGACCGGAAAGGGAUUGUGACCACAGCCCAAAGGGACUGGAAGAGCAACCUCAGCCUGGAGCGUGUGAGCGUGCUGGAGUUCUUGCUGCAAGUGCACAGCUCCGAGGACCAGGACUUUGGCAACUACUACUGUUCCGUGACUCCAUGGGUGAAGUCACCGACAGGUUCCUGGCAGAAAGAGGCAGAGAUCCACUCCAAGCCCAUCUUUAUAACUGUGAAGAUGGAUGUGCUGAAUGCCUUCAAGUACCCGCUGCUGAUUGGCGUCGGUCUGUCCACUGUCAUCGGGCUGCUGUCCUGCCUCAUCGGGUACUGCAGCUCCCACUGGUGUUGUAAGAAGGAGGUUCAAGAGACCAGGCGGGAGCGCCGCCGGCUCAUGUCAAUGGAGAUGGACUAGACCAGCCCGGAAGGGAGUGACAGAGGGACGUUCUCGGAGCAAUUGGGCGAGAAGAGGACAGUGACAUUUUCAAACGAAGUGUGUUACACUAAAAACCAGUCCUCUCUAAUCUCAGGUGGGACUCGGCGCGCUCUCUUUUCUGCAUGUCAAGGUCUGAGCGCGGACAUGUUUACCAGCACAUAGCUCUUCCUCCCACGGCACUUUCUGAUACAGCAGUCGAGUGUGUGUUUCUCCUACGCAGCUUUUUAACGGUUAACCUUUGUCUAAUUCUUUUCUUCUACUGGUUUUAGAUCCUCUGACUUGUGUGUGUUUAUAGCUUUUGAUUCGAGGGGUUGCGGUGAGGAUGGGGUGAUGGCAUUCAGAGUUCUUUAUCCCGGGUGACGUGUGCCU